CAACAGACAAUCGACAAUCUGUCUUUUUUACUCCACGCCCCUGGCGGCAGUCCAUGCCUCCAGUUGAGAAAUAUUAUAUUUGGGAAGUAAUAUAGUUAAAAUCGCAAAAUGGAUACAAGAAAGCUGAUCGACAUUUUGCGCGCCACCAUUGACCCUAACCAGAGGGCGCAGGCAGAGGAGCAGCUAUCCCAGAUUCACAAAAUAAUCGGUUUUGCGCCGACCCUGCUCCAAGUGGUCAUGAUGAACGACGUGGCCAUCCCAUUGCGGCAGGCGGGCGUCGUCUACCUCAAGAACCUCAUCACCUCUGGCUGGCAAGAGAAGGAGCCCGAGGAAAACGAGCCCCUCGCCUUCUCCAUCCACGAACAGGACCAAGCCAUGAUCAGAGACAGCAUAGUAGACGCCAUCAGCCAAGCGCCCGACAUUAUCCGCGUCCAACUAUGCGUCUGUCUUAAAACUAUAAUCAAACACGACUUCCCAACACGCUGGACUCAGGUCGUCGACAAGAUUCAUAUAUAUUUACAAAACCCGGAGCCUAAUGGGUGGAUGGGGGCGCUCCUAUGCUUGUACCAGCUUAUAAAGAACUAUGAAUACCAGUUAGCAGAGAAACGGGUGCCGUUGAUUGAGGCGAUGAAUUUGUUGUUGCCGAUGCUGUACAAUUUGAUUGUGACGCUGCAGCCCGACCAGUCGGCUGAGUCGGUGCUCAUUCAGAAGCAGAUCCUCAAGUGCUUCUAUGGACUGAUUAAGGGUGCGGAAUGUGCCAGGUAUUACCUCGAGUACAUACUCCCCCUGGAUCUCAUCACCAAAGAGGUGUUCACCAAGUGGAUGGAGGUCCUCCGAAAGGUGAUGGAGCAGCCGGUACCGGAGCACACCCUCCAGGUGGACGAGGAUGAACGGUUGGAGCUGCCGUGGUGGAAGUGCAAGAAGUGGGCCGUGCAUACUCUCUACAGGCUGUUUGAGAGAUACGGCAGCCCCGUGAACACGCGUAAAGAAUACGUACAGUUCGCGGAGUGGUACUUAACGACCUUCACCGGCGGCAUCCUCGACGUGCUCCUCCGGGUCCUGGACCAGUACCGCAACAAGAUAUACGUGUCCCCGAGGGUGCUGCAGCAGACGAUCAGCUACAUUGACCAGUGCGUCUCCCACUCGCACUCAUGGAAGAUCCUGAAGCCGAACAUGUUUGAGAUCAUCAAGGACGUGCUGUUCCCUCUGAUGUCGUACUCCGAGGCCGACGAGGAACUGUGGAACACGGACCCGCACGAGUACAUACGAAUCAAAUUCGACAUAUUCGAAGACUUCGUGUCACCGAUAAUCGCCGCCCAAACCCUCCUUAUAUCCUGCUGCAAGAAGCGGAAAGAAAUGCUCGAACGCACCAUGCAACUCUGCAUGCAGGUCCUCACCAGCCAGAACGGAGAGUACAGCCCUAGGCAGCGAGACGGCGCCCUCCACAUGGUCGGAACACUUAGUGACUUACUGAUUAAAAAGAAAUUCUACAAGGACGAAAUAGACUCUCUUCUCAGCCAAUAUGUGUUCCCUGAAUACAGCAAUCCUCUCGGUUACAUGAGAGCCCGGGCCUGCUGGGUGCUCCACUGCUUCGCCACCGUUCGCUUCAAGAGCGAACCGCUACUAGUUGAAGCUGUACGCUUAACCGUCAGCGCUUUGCUCAACGACACUGACUUACCCGUCAAAGUAGAAGCUGCUAUCGCAUUACAAACUCUACUCGGAUCACAAGAGAAAGUCCACAAGUUACUGGAGCCUCAAGUUAAAGCGGUCACCACAGAACUUCUUAAAGUUAUCCGAGAAACUGAGAAUGAUAACAUAGCCAGCGUCUUACAGAAGAUUGUACCGUUGUAUACCGAGCAACUGAUGCCCAUGGCUUACGAGAUCACUGAGCAUCUGGCGACAACAUUCCGGAAAGUCAUAGAGACAGACUCCGGAACAGAUGAGAAGGCCAUCACAGCUAUGGGGCUGCUGAACACUAUGGAGACGGUGCUGAACGUGAUGGAGGACAACCCGGAGAUCAUGGCCCAGCUCGAGAAGACUGUUCUCACUGUUGUUGGCCACAUCUUGCAGAAUAAUGUUAUUGAAUACUACGAAGAGGCGAUGACCCUCCUCUGCAACCUCACAGCGAAGCAGAUCUCCGAAGACAUGUGGAAGGUCCUCGAGCUGCUGUAUCAGGUGUUCGAGAAGGACAGCUUCGACUACUUCACCGACAUGAUGCCUGUGCUACACAACUACAUCACAGUCGACACCAACGCCUUCGUCUCCAAUGAAAACCAUAUUCUGGCCAUGUUUAAUAUGGCUAAAGCGGUGCUAAACUCCGACUCUGAAGACGAAUCCGAGAUCUACGCGGCGAAACUUCUCGAGGUGAUGGUGCUGCAGUGCAACGGCAAGAUAGACAACUGCCUGCCCUCGUUCGUGGAGCUGGUGCUGAACCGGCUCACCAGGACCGUGAAGACCUCGGAGCUCAGGACCAUGCUGCUGCAGGUGCUAAUAGCGAUAUUGUACUGCAACCCAGUGCUCCUGUUCACAAUACUGGACAAGCUGCAGCAGGCCGUCCCCAACGCGUCCAUCACGCAGCACUUCAUCAAGCAGUGGAUACACGACACGGACUGCUUCAUGGGCCUCCACGACAGAAAGCUAUGCGUGCUCGGCAUAUGCACCCUGCUGGAGAUGGGCCCCUGCCGGCCUCCCCUCUCGGCCGUGCUGCCUCGCAUCCUGCCCUCGUGCCUCGUGCUGUUCGACGGCCUCAAGCGCGCCUACGAGCUGCGCGCCGAGGCCGACGAGCAGACCGACGACGAGGACGAAGUCGACGACCAGGACGAGGAGGUGCUCUCUAGCGACGAGGACGACAUAGACGACAUGAACAACGAGUACCUGGAGAACUUGUCGCGUAUGGCGGUCAAGAAUGCCGCGCAGCAGGGCGUCAACAUGACCGCCAACUUCGAGGACUACGACAGCGAUUCUGACGACGAGGACGACUACGAGCCAGACGAGACAGCCAUCGAGUGUUACACGACGCCCCUAGACGACAGGGAUUGUCCCGUCGAUGAAUACGUCAAGUUCAAGGCGGCUCUCUCAGGCAUAUCAACGACGGAGCCGGAGUUAUACCACGCGCUCACCCAAGUGUUAGAUGAAGAGCAACAGAAGCAGCUGAGCGCCGUGCUCGUGCUCGCCGACCAGAGGAAGGCGCAGCAGGACAGCAAGCGCAUCGAGCAGAGCGGAGGCUACUCGUUCACAGUUCCCGCUCAAGUCCCAACGAAGUUCAAGUUCGGAUCGUAAUCACAUAACAGUGCUAUAAACACGAACACAGACAAUUAUAUAAAUAUGUGAUGCAGCUCAAAUAGUCGUUGAACGCCGGACGCCAUUUUGCUACUUCGAGCUGGCAUUUUGUAAUAAUUCAAGAUGGCGGCAUUUGAUGCGAUAGCAGUAAAGAUUUGCCUAAUAUUUUGAACGCAGCUAUAUAAAUUAUUGUAAUGGUUGUAUUAUUUAAUGAAACUGCUAUUUAAAUUGGGUCGGUACCAUCUCUGUACACUAUAAAGGAUUUGCCACACUGGAUGCGUUCUGCAGGCAGCGGUCAGGUCAAACUUCAACUUCAAAGGUUGCUGUUAAUGUCGUUCAUACAUAAUGCGGGUUUGACCUGACCGCUGACCGCAGAACGCAUCCAGUGUGGCAAAUCCUUAAACGAGUGCGCCUAUUAAUAUAAGGCGGUCGAAACGACACUGCCACAGCUUAAAAGGCCAGCGUUGUUGGCAAGGCAGGUUAGCUAUAAGGUGCAAGGAUUCGUGAUAAGACUUGUGAAAUGCGGGCGAAGCUCUAUUUUUGUGAUAACGAUUACUAAUUGCCCAUGUCAAUUUUUUAAAACUACCCAAUGAGGGCUAACGCGUAUGAAUUCGCCGCUAGGGGCGCUAGUGUAGAUGGUGAUCUUUUCCAUAGUUCGAAAUGUCAAAUGUCACUUGUCACUUCAAUGACUGACAGCUGUUCUGUUUUUUGGACCACCAUCAACAGAGGCGCCAACUGGUGAGCAAAAAAAACGAUAGCCCUCAUUGACAUAUUUUUGUAAGUCACCACUGCUAGGGUUGUUUACUCUAUCGACUUGUUUUUGACAUGCGUAUUACAUCGGUAAACGCGCGAGUUUGUAACAUUUAUGUUUUGUCAUGAACUUUUUGUAUUUUGAGUGUUGUCAGUGUAUAGUUCACUUUCUAAAGUAUACAUGAAUUAUGAAUUAAUAAGCAAGUAUUAAUAUAGGCGUCACAGCUAUGAGAUAUAAUUUAUUUAAGCUCUUUUGAGCUAAAAAGCCGUUAAAAAUGUUUAUAAAACACAUGAAACAAAAUGUAAAAAUGGCAAAGGAAACUGAACUAUGCACAUGACCAAGUUGAGUCCUAAGCUAAGGGCGUAGACAUAGAGCCCCGUGUCGUUUGCGGCGCGCGGACGCUGCAACAUUGUAAAUAAAUAUCACGCGUAACGAACUAUACAAAUGUAAGAGAUGUAAGGAUGUUUCACUUCAUGUAAAUAAAUGUGAUUCAUAAGAA